UCUCCAGGAGCAGUUCUGGCCCAAGAUUCUAAAGACAAGUUGAAUUUACGAGAUGAUUUUACUAUUCCCUACAUGGUCUAUCUACAGUCCAGCCCAGAACCAUGUGUGGGAUCUCUCAUUCACCCUGAAUGGGUGUUGACAGCUGCCCACUGCCCCUUACCUGUUAAAAUACGACUGGGAGUUUAUCGACCCAGCAUCACAAAUAAGAGAGAGCAGAUACGGAAUUACUCACAGAUAAUGCCCCAUCCUGAAUUUGAUGCACAAUCUCUGGAAAAUGACCUGAUGAUGAUAAAACUGUCCAAGCCUGCAGUGCUCGAUCUCUAUGUGGGAACCAUUGCCGUAGCCAUGGAACCCAUAGCAUUUAAUGAUUCCUGCUUUAUCCCGACCUGGGCCUGGAAUAAAUAUAAAAACCUCAGUGACCCUGACAUCCUGACAUGGAUAAACCAAUAUUCUCUUCCCCCCCAUGACUGCCAGAAUAUACACCAACAAAUACAGGCAGAAAACAUCAUGUGUGUGGGACAACCUCUAAACAUCAUGUCUGAAAAUAAGGAAGUUUCAGCUGCUCCAGCUGUCUGCGGUGGGAGGUUGCAUGGAAUCUUGUCCUGGGCAAAAGGAAGUGUCACCAUGGGAAGUGAAGGAAUUUUCACGCAAGUUCAUCACUAUGCACGAUGGAUCAUGAAAGUUAUUAACACCCACUGAGGCACCUCUGUCUCUCUAUUGUCUUAGGACAAUGUCUCCAUGAUUUCUGCAUGGGUGUCAUAACUCUUAGUCUUUCUUAUUCCCGAACAAAUG